CUUCCGGGUCGCGGUACGUUGAAGAUGUUUGGCGUCGGAUUUAUAAACAUAAACGCAGUUAUUUUCUUGGUCAUAAAUAAUGUCCUUUGUGUAUAAUACAUCAAUUCAUGCAUAGAAUUAUUGUCGAUCUCAGGGAUAAAGAUGAGUGGUGGUUUAGCGCCCAGCAAAAGCACAGUUUAUGUGUCUAACAUCCCAUUCUCUUUGACAAACAGCGAUAUGCACAAGUUAUGCUCAAAAUAUGGCAAAGUAGUCAAGGUGACUAUUGUCAAAGACAAGCAUACACGGAUGAGUAAAGGAGUGGCGUUUGUGCUGUUUCUGGACAGGGAGUCUGCAUAUAACUGUUCUCGCUCACUCAACAACAAACAAUUGUUUGGGAGAAUGGUAAAGGCCAGCAUUGCCAUAGAUAACGGGAGAGCUGCAGAAUUCAUCCGAAAGAGAAACUACACAGACAAAUCCAAAUGUUAUGAAUGUGGGGAAGAAGGGCACUUGAGUUAUGCCUGUCCCAAAAAUUUACUUGGAGAGAGAGAACCUCCACCUAAAAAAGAAAAGAAAAAGAAGAAAAAGAUCCAGCAGCCUGAGGAGGUAGAACCAGAAGACAGUGAGGAAGAAGGAGAGGAUCCAGCACUGGACAGUUUAAGUCAAGCUAUUGCUUUCCAGCAAGCACGCAUUGAGGAGGAGGAGAAGAGAAGGAAGCAGGCUGCAGAAGAUGCGUCUCAAGCAUCAACAUCAGAGGACACCCACAAACCCAGGAUCAAAAAGAGCGCAUACUUCAGUGACGAGGAGGAGCUCAGUGACUGACUCACACUUUUAUGUGCUCAGAACACAUCGCCUCUUCUCAACCGCUUUUACCUGUUAGGAAGACCACAUAUUGAUCUAAAUUUAUCAUUUUGUCAGACUGUGUUGCAGUACAUUAAACUCUUGAUCUGAAUUUUUAACAAAUAUUUAUUCAGAUAUACACAACUAUGAUUUUUGAGAAUAUAGUUUAUUUAAACAUCCUCCAGCAAACUUCUGUAAAGUUUUUUUUUAUUAAUAUCAUUUUGUAAAUAUAAUUUAGUCUUGUUUAUUUUACAGUUACAUGAUUGCUUUUGUUCCAGG